AUGGCGCCUCAGAAGCGCCCUGCUCCCACUGACGGCGACGACGAUGGCGACGACAGUCGAGAGUCGUCCCCACCACCCCGCGCCUCCAAUAAGAGAAGACGGACAAGCGAAGAAUCGUCCACCCACAUUUAUACUUCGAGUGAUCGAGCUGAUGGCGAAGAUGCCAGUACUCCCCCUUCCGAGAUUAGUUCCGAUAGCGACGAAGACGACGACGACGAAGAGGCGUUGCUUGCAGCCACCCAAGCUAUCGAGGCCAGGAGCAGAGAAGGUGCUCACAAUGAGCCUGCAGAGUACGGUAUCUUGGAGGGAGUCCAGCUCAAGAACUUCAUGUGUCACGAGGAUAUGAGUUACGAGCUUGGCCCCUUGAUCAAUUUUAUCUGCGGCAAAAAUGGCAGUGGGAAGAGUGCGAUUCUCACUGCCAUCGUCCUGUGUCUAGGGGGGAAGGCUUCGGCAACGAAUCGAGGAGCCCGUCUGCAAAACUUCAUUAAAGAGGGAACCGAUCACGCCACCAUCAUCUGCAGGCUAAAGAACCAAGGUGAAAAUGCAUACAUGCCCGACGUAUAUGGGAAGACGAUUCAAGUUGAACGCCACAUCUCACGUACUGGCAGUAGUGGAUUCAAGCUGAAGUCAGAAAAGGGCCGCAUCGUGUCUACUCGGAAGUCUGAUCUCGAAGAAAUUUGCGAUCAUAUGAUGUUGCAGAUCGAAAACCCAAUGGCAGUUCUCUCGCAAGAUCAGGCGCGUCAAUUCAUUGCCAGCUCGAGCGCCACGGAAAAGUACAAGUUCUUCAUGAAGGGCGUCCAACUUGAGCAGCUUGACCAGGACUAUCGACUCAUCGAGGAGCAGCUCGACAACAUCAAAGUAAAGAUCGCCGCCAGGGCCCCGGAUCUCAAAUUUCUAAAGGGAAAGGCGGACAGCGCGGCGAACAAGCUUGCGCUAUCCGACAGAUACGAAGCUAUGCGUGACAAGCUUCGAGAUUAUCGCCGACAGCUGACAUGGGCCCAAGUCGCUAUUCAGGAGAACAUUCGAGAUGAAUAUGUCAAAGAGCUUCAAGAGGCGGACGCAAAGAUAGCGGCUGCAGAGGCAAAAGCUGAAGAGCUUGACGCGGCCUAUCAGGAAUCCGACCGAAUUGCAGCCACCACCGCGGACAGGUAUAAUGAGGCAAAUGAAGCUGUCCAGCGCCUCAACGACGAGAAGAAGGAGCUGCAGGCACAACAGCAUGAUCUGAAAAAGAACUAUUCAGAAGCCGCUGCUGAGCAACGACAAAUCCGUGACGCCUUGGUGAGUGCUGACAGAACCAUAACACAGAAAAAGGCAGCUAUCGAACAAGAAGUGCAAAGACUCGCCGAGCUCGAUGGGGGAGGAGCUGCUCGCCGCAUCAGCGAACUCAACGAUGCGGAAGAAACGGUCAGAAGAGCGGAGCAGGAGUUGCAGGAUCACCUGAACCAAAGAGAUGCAUGUGUCCAAGAAAUCGAGACAAUGCAAAGGCUUGAGGCUGAAACGGGAGAAGCGAAGAAGAAUGAGGAACGGAGAGUGACCGACCUGGAGAACAACCUAAGGCGUCUGGUAGAGAACCGCAACUCUCAAGAUCUUGCUUUUCAUCCCAGAAUGCAGGACCUUCUGCGAGCCCUACAACAGGAGAGGGGGUUCCGGGACGCGCCUGUCGGCCCUCUGGGAAAGCAUGUUAGAUUGUUAAAACCGGAAUGGUCUUCGAUUUUGGAAAGAUCCUUCGGUAGCGCGCUUUCGGGAUUUAUCGUGACCAGCAAGCAGGACGAAAAUCUGUUGAGCGGCAUCAUGCGACGGACUCAAUGCAUGCUGCCUAUCUUCAUCGCCAACAGCCUCCCACUGAACAUUGAGCCACAUCUCCCGGAUCCCCGAUUCACCACCGUCUUGAGUGUUCUGGAAAUCGACAACGAGGCGGUCAGGAAACAGCUCAUUAUUUCCAACCAAAUUGAGCAAAGCAUCCUCAUUUCAGACAUGACUGAAGCCUCCAAGGCACUCUAUUCGGAAGCUACACCUUUGCGCAAUGUCAAGCGGUGCUAUUGUUUCAGUCCAGGCAGCAAGGUCAAGGGUGCUGUUUUGUCUUAUCGAAACGGCCGAGCAGCGCAAGAUCCGGUGCACGAGUUUAUCGGCUCUCCACGGAUGAAAACAGAUAUUGACGAUGCAAUCCGUCGGCAACAAGAUGUUCUUGCUGAGUGCAAGACCCAGCGUCUACGGGCAGAGCAAGAAUUUCGCAGCGCUCAAGAUCGGCAUGUUAAAGCAAGACAGGCGCUCAAGCGACAUGCGGACAGAAAGAGAGCGCUCGAAAUUGCAGUACAGCAAGCGGAAGACAACGUUGAACGUUUGAGAGAGGCCAUCAGGGACGACAGCGUCGAGGGUGGAAAGCUUGAGGCCCUGCGCCAGUCAUUGAGCGAGGCAGAGGAGCAAAAGACCAUUCACGAGAGCUCUUUUCAAGACUCGGUCAUUGCCCUUGACGAACAAACCAAGAGACUUCGCGAGGCGACCCAAAAGUGCAACGAACUGGAUGUCCGCAUCAAAGAUGCUGAAGCUAAGGUCGAUAAGGAGCAGUUGAAAGCUCAGAAAGCCAGCAAGAAACGCGCGCAUGAUCUGGGCGAGAAAAAUAGAGCGGUCGCUAUGAUUGACGACGCCAAAGCUGACCGUGGCACGCUGGAACGGAAGAUGCAGGAAAUGGAUGAGAAAAUUGCGAACUUCACAGACCAAGCACGGCUGGUCUGUGAACGGGUCAACCUUCCCGAAGGCGAAACAUUUGAGAGCCUGAACAAAAAACAUGAAAAACUUUCGGCAGAUUAUCGCAAAUAUCAAUCCCAGGUGGGUGAUCGGAAUGAUAUCGCCGCCGAGGCAUCCAAAACUUCCCAGGCAUACAAGGCCGCCGAGCUGGAGAUGAGUUCGUUUGAAUCUUUACAGGCGCAACUCACGAGAACGCUUGGAGAGCGAAAAAGGCGGUGGGUAUUGUUUCGAGGCCAUAUCACUGCUAGAUCACGGGCAGGCUUCAUCCACAAACUCAGCGAGAGAGGGUUCCGCGGACGGCUCCACAUCGAUCAUAGAAAGAAGGAGAUGGACAUCGCCGUCGAACCCGAUAUUACGAGACGUGACGGAAGCGGGAGAAGCGCAAAGACGUUGUCAGGUGGAGAGAAGUCAUUCGCCCAGAUCUGCCUGUUGCUCUCGAUCUGGGACGCAAUGGGUGUUCCAAUUCGCUGUCUCGACGAAUUCGACGUGUUCAUGGAUGCGGUCAACAGAAACACCAGUGUUAACCUGUUAAUCGAUGGAGCCAGGCACAGCAGUGGCGGGCAAUUCAUUCUUAUCAGCCAGGCACCAAAUCCGACAUCAAGAAAGCUCCGGAUGUCUGUGCCAUUGAAGAGGGACGUGGCGACUCCUGACGACACUCCGAUGGAUGAUUGUGCGACUGCCGUCUCGUUCGCGUGGCUGCAGUUUGGGUUCUUGCGGAAGCCAUCGUCCAGUGAGGCUCAGCAAGACCUCCUGACGACUAUUUAUCGGACCGCGGAAGGCUUCGCAAAUGUCUCUCCCUUCAAGGACCAUCCAUUCUUAGGCGGAGCCAUAUUGUUUUCACCGGACUCUCGCAUCGACGCGUUGGCAACACCAAUGCCUCUAGUCGAUAGCUCGAUUUGCUGCGAUUACAUGGACAUGCAUCACUUCAGCAACACCCCGAUGAAAGGUCAUCUCCCACAGCCACUGCCAGUUUUGCGUUACCUUCAUCUGAUACGGAAGGCAAAUUGGUCCCGCAUGGUGACUUCGCUCCCAGAACACAGCAAGUCUGAAGAGCUGGAUUUUGACAGAGGUCCCACAGUCAACGCUGCAAAGACAAGGAAUUGUGGAUGUGUCUUGCCGUCUUACGUUGACAAGUUGUCCUUGCAAGGGUUCAAGGGGACCAGGAGCAUGCCCAUCAAGCUGCACUUGUCUAUGCAACUGAGAGCUCGACCGUGGUAG